GCACAGCCGGCCGCCGGGUUGGCACUGCGCAUGCGCGGAGCGUUGACCGCGCUCCAGGCAGCGGAGUCCAGCGCAGCGUCCCGCGCCGACGUAUCCGCCACCGCCGCCGCCGCCGCUGCUGCCCGUGCCUUCUCAAGCAGGAUGGGUACCCGUGUAGCAGCUACUGCUGGGCAUUUCCCAGACAAGAGCCUAUCAGGAGUGCCACGACUACUGGAAGACCUCGCUCGACUUGCUGAGGAUCACGAUUCUGCAGACAUCGUCUUUCUUGUGGGGCGAGAGGAGGUCCCUGUUUAUGCUCACAGGCUUAUACUCAUGGUCAGGUGUAAGAGCUUCCAGACGGCCAAGCGUGGUGAAGUGUGCCGCAUCCCGGGCUGCUCUGUGUCCCCAGCAGCCCCAGGCACGCCCACCCCAGUGCGGCUGCCACACUUCCAGCCGGACACGUUCCGCAACUUCAUGCUUUAUGUGUACACCGGAAAGAUCAUACUACAGGACAGUGGUGUGUUUGAGAUGUUGACCUUAGCACAAGAAUUAGGAGUAGAAGAACUGAAGAAAACUUGUGAAGAUCAUGUAACAUCAACAUUGUCAGUCCUGAAUGCAUGCACAUUCUUGGCUGCUGCUAUGGAAAUACAGGACCAGGCAGCAGGUGGCAAGUGUACCAAAUCAUUUGUGGAACGAUGCAUUUCAUACAUCGGAGAAAAUGCCACAGGGUGUGUUAAGACCAAUUCAUUUCUUAAUUUGCCAAAGGAAGCCCUUAUUAAGUUGAUUUCUUCAGAUUAUCUUGCACUUGAAGAAGAAGAUGUGUGGCGAGCUGUGUUAAACUGGGCCAAAUAUCAAGCAGGUGUUACACAACCAACAGCCCACUGGACUGAGGAGGAAAGAGCACGAGUAUGCCAGCACCUUGCUGGAGUCAUCAACCACGUUCGACUUUUACUUAUAGACAGCCAGGUUUUUGCAGAAGAGGUGGAGCCCACAGGAGCUGUGCCAAUGGAACUCUCUUUGGAAAGAUACCGCUAUGCAGCUCUUCCAAACAAAUUUCGUGAGAACUGUGAAGAUAAACGUCUGCAGCCAAGAGUUUUUCUCAAGUUCUUCCCAGAUUCACAGAUCCUUGUGCAGGACAAGACAUCUUAUCACAGAGUGUUAAACAAUUGGUAUGGCUCUGCAAAGCAAGUGUGGAGACUGGUGUAUCGUGCAUCCACGCACGGCUAUUCUGCAGAAGCAUUCCACCGCCAUUGUGAUGGGAUAGCGCCAACGUAUGUGAUUGCAUUGGGUGCAACAUCAGAGAUUUGUGGCGGUUUCAGUGAUGUCCCAUGGGAGAAGACAAACAUUACAGGCCACUACAUUCCUUCACAAAAGGCUUUUCUUUUUACACUGCCAAAUAAUCCAGAUUUAUCACCAACCAAAUUUAACAUAGUAAAGAAGAUGUUUGCAAUAUGCUACCAUCCAGACUGUGGCCCCAUCUUUGGAGCUGGAGCAGAUCUGCUUAUUUCGAGCAACUGCAACAACAACAUGGACAGUUAUUCCAAUUUGCCACAUUCCUACGAUGGAGAAAAUGCCUCGUGUCUUGCUCUUAUGGGAGAUUACAAUUUUACCGUGCGUGAUUAUGAGGUUUUUACACCUGCUGGAAAAUAAACUGCACACUUCAAGUCAG